AGGAAUUAUUAUGUCGCAGUGACGCCCGUGACUGACUACCAAAGGGAAAGUCGUUCUUCAUCCUUGCAAGUACCAAUUACGCCAACGGUUUCCGCAGCAGUCCCUGAAUUUAACAAGAACCAACUACAGGACAUAGAAAAGAUGACUCUCGGUCUCAUCAAUGCGAACCCAGUGGUUCAUGCUAAGAAGGAAAGGGUCGCCCGCACUGAAGAUCUCCACUGCGAUGACGCCGUCGAUCCACUCGAAAUCUAUGAUUUUGUGAGAGAUAUAAGAGAUCCAGAGCAUCCAUAUUCACUUGAACAGCUCAGUGUUCUCUCAGAGGAAUCAAUCACCGUCGACGACAAGCUCGGCCGUAUUCUGAUUACUUUUACUCCAACCAUCCAACAUUGUAGCAUGGCAACAGUUAUUGGUCUUUGCCUUAGAGUAAAAUUACAGGAAUGUUUCCCUCCUCAUUAUAAGGUGGACAUUAAAGUAUCUCCUGGAUCCCAUGCCAAUGAAGAAUCAGUUAAUAAGCAGUUAAACGAUAAAGAGAGAGUUGCUGCUGCUCUGGAGAAUCCAAAUCUUCGCCAACUUGUGGACGAGUGCCUGUACUCCAAUGAACUUUAAUCAAGUACUCGCUGGCACUUAACAACUGUACAUAGAGUUUAAAAGUGAUGCAAAAUAAAUGACUUUGUUGCAAAAGAAAAUCGAUAUGGAACAUAACUUAAUUCUAAUGUUUUGCACAAGCGUGUGUUUAUUACAUGGUUGAUUUUGGGAGUGUCACAACGUUUGGAGAAACAAAAUAUGGGGACAUGAUGUCACAUAAUAUGUAGCGUACACUUCCUAGUAGCUGUACUAGUUCAGUUAGUUUUGGUAUAUCAGAGAAGGGUUCUUUUGUUUUUUCCAA